CUGCUGAGGGAUGACCUUGCAGUGCCAGGUGCGGGGAGAUGCUUAUACGCCCCUCUUCUCCUGCCUCUCCCUAGAUAGAUCUACGUGUGAGGGCGGAUAUUUUCCGGACGGUUACACCAGAGCACCCAGUCGUAAUGGAUGUCGCUUCUUCGCCACGGAGCUCCCUUGAAUGGAGCUUGGAUGACAGCUCGACUUGUCCGACCACUGCGGCGUCGAGUCCGUUGUUUCGCGCUGCAAAGAUAGACGAUGUGGUGCAUUCCUCGCCUGAUGCAGCGAGCGCCGGCUCGCAACUCUUGUCGGACGACCGCGUCAAGAGCGUAUGUGUAGUGGGUGCAGGAUACGUCGGUAGGCUUCUGAGAUGCACUGUUCGUUUUCGUGAUGAAACUAAUUCUACAGGCGGACCUACGGCCGCGAUUCUCGCCCUGUAUAAUCCAUCUGUCGAGGUGACGGUGCUAGACCGAGACCCACGUCGCAUCCAAAGCUGGAAGUCAUCCCAUCUGCCGGUACAUGAACCCACUCUGUACAAUGUAGUUCGGGCUACGCGUGAUGGCUCCGAUGUCGCGGAUGCGAACGAGGCGUACUCGAGACGACAGCCCAAUCUGUUCUUCACGUGCGACUCGACGGCCAUUGCUCAAGCCGAUAUGGUGUUUCUAGCGGUGAACACGCCUACCAAGACAUUCGGUCUGGGCGCGGGCAGAGCUACCGACAUGACUGCGGUCGAUGGGGCCGUGCAGGAGAUUGCGCUGCAUGCAAAGCCGGGGGCAACUGUUGUAGAGAAGAGCACUGUGCCGUGUGGAACGGCAGAGAGGGUGCGACAAAUGUUAACCACCCUGCGCCCCGGUGUUCCGUUCGAAGUGCUCUCAAACCCCGAGUUCCUAUCCGAAGGCUCAGCCAUUGAGAACCUCGUCAGCCCGGACCGCGUCCUCAUCGGUUCCUCUGGAACCCAGUCUGGUCGCCGUGCUGCCCGCAUGCUGGCACAUUUAUACGCAUCCUGGGUGUCGCCCGCUCGGAUCCUCCAGGUCAACGCAUGGUCGUCGGAGCUGGCGAAGCUCGUCGCUAACGCGAUGCUGGCGCAGCGCAUCAGCAGCAUCAACUCGAUCAGCGCCAUCUGUGAGAAGACCGGGGCGGAAGUCGACCAGGUGGCUCGCGCCAUUGGCAUGGACGCGCGGAUCGGAUCCCAGUUCUUGAAAGCGGGAGUCGGGUUCGGAGGGUCCUGCUUCCGCAAGGACAUUGCCAGUCUGGCAUACUUGGCCGAGUCGCUAGGAUUAGAAGAAGUGGCACACUACUGGCGCCAGGUCAACGCUAUGAACGAGUACCAGUGCGUGCGGUUUGCACGGCGAGUCAUCGAACGGUUCGAUGGCAAUUUGACCGGCCGAAAGAUCGCCGUGCUAGGGUUUGCAUUCAAGAAGGACACGGGAGAUACACGUGAGUCUCCUGUUGUCGACGUGAUCCGGUUGCUACUGGAGGAGCGGCCCGCGGAGAUAGCCAUCUUCGAUCUGUUCUGCCACGAGGAGGACAUCCUGCGAGAACUCGAAGCUGCCUGCGGUGCUGAGAUGGUCUCUACGAGGGUGAAGAUCCUGACCGAUCCAUACCUGGCUUGCUCGCAGGCGCACGCGGUCCUCGUGAUGACCGACUGCGACCAGUUCAAGAACGGCCGGAAGCGCACGGGGUCACGCUCUGAUUCCGACGCGUAUGAGAGUCUUGACGAGAUGUUAUCUCCCGCGCCUAAGGACGAUACAUGGGUGUUCCAUAGGAUGACCUACCGACUGACACCGCAGGAUGUCUGCGGUGAUGACUGCACAGCAUGCCGGUCCCGGGCUCCACGGGUGGCCAGCGAGCCAUUGGAGUGGGCGCGCAUCGCAUACAAUUUGAAAGAUCCGAAAUGGGUGUUUGACGGCCGGGGGUGUCUGGACGGAAAAGAACUGCAGAAGCUGGGGGUCGAGGUUGAGGCUAUUGGACGGAGAUGAUGCCUUCACUGCACUGCACUAAUCCAUCAUUCCCAGCACCACAAUACAAACUGAACAUAUAAUUACCUAAAUACACUCAUUAC